AUGGCUUUGGUCGAGAUGAACGCGACGUUUUCGAUAACGUCGGUGAGCGAUGAGUUCGUGGCGAAGCUGGUGGCCAGAAAGGCCGCGGUGGGGACGAGCUUCGUGGAGAUGUUCGAAGAGGAGGACAGGACAAGGCACCACCACGGGUUCGUCGGUGCCGCUACUCUGGAAGGAGGCGCAGCAGGCGGCGCUGCCGCUGACAACGGCGCCUCGUCGGAGGCCGAAGAGCUCAAGGACUUCUUCAACAAGGCUCCCAUCGCGCUGCACUGGCUAUCGGCGACCGGCAAGAUUCUCUGGGCGAACGACCGCGAGCUCGAGGUCCUCGGCUACUCCAGGGAGGAGUACAUCGGGGCGGACAUCAUGAGCUUCUGCCCGGACUCCCGCGACGGGGUUUUGGAGAUCUUCAAGGAGCUGGGGACGGGCAACACCAUCCGCGACGUGCCCAUUCGGUUCCGCACGAAGGUCGGAAAUAUCAAGCACCUGCUGAUCGACUCGAACGUGAACUACAAGUCGGACGGGACGUUCAACCACACGCGGUGCUUCAUCCGGGACGACACGGGCCGCAUCCUGAAGGAGUGCCGCUCCGAGGUGGCGGCGACUGCCGCCAGGAAGCUCGCGGAGGGAAAGGAGCGGUUCUCGUCCAAGCUCCUCCACGCGCUGACCGCGCUCUCGGGGCUGGUGGCCAGCGUCGCCAAGGCCAUGAAGUUCGACGACGGGUACGUGGUGAAGCCCGUUCCAACCUCGUUCAGCCUAUCGUCCCUGAUCGGGGAGUACAGGAACAUCGAGACCGCGAGGCACGAGGUCGUCGUCCAAGAGAUCGGCUUCGAUGCGUCUCUCGUCGUGAUCGCCGACGCAAUCAUGAUCAGGACGGUGCUCAACGAGCUUGUCGCGCACGCCGACGGCAGGAGCCCUGUCUCCGCGAGGGUAGUCCUGUCGGUCGAGCGCAUCGCAGGGGGCAAAGGGGGUGGCGGGGCAGGAGGAGGAGGAAAAUUCGAGUUCAGGGUGACAGACAGCGGAGAGGAACUCGACGAGUCCCGCGUCGAAAAAGUUUUUCACAACUACUGGCUGGGAGACGCGGACGUGCUAGGGGGUGGCGACGGCGAACGUGCCGAUCUUCCGAGGCUGAGCGAGGAGCUAUCCUGCGACGAAGAAGCACCGGGUCUGAGACUGAACGUAGCUUUCAACUAUGUGCAGUGCCUGGACUCCAUCUUGCGGGUCGCUUCCGACGGCUCGUCGACCACGUUCAACUUCGUUCUUGACCUCGAGACCAGCUCCAACGGUUCUCAGGGGCCCAAGAGGGAAGCGGAGGAGAAACACCACUGGAACAAGAUCACCCCCUCUAGUCUCCCUCCCAUCUCACCGAGGACUUCCACGCAGAGCUUCGUGGGAAGCCUCUACAACUCAGACAGCAGGCACAUCCUGAUCGUCGAGGACAACACGAUCUGCCAGAAGAUGUGCAAGAAAAUCGUCACGGGCUUAGGCCACACCGUAGACACGGCCGACAACGGCGCGAUCGCGGUGGAGAAGGCGACGGCGAGGGAGAUCAACAUCUACGACUUGGUCCUCAUGGACCUCCGCAUGCCCGUGAUGGACGGCAUAACCGCUGCGAAGGAGAUCCACAAGAAGUUCCCCGAGCUUCCCAUAGUCGCGCUCUCGGCUGAGGAGGGCGAGUCGACGAAAGACGCCGCCCUAGCCGUUAUGGCCACAUUCAUGAGCAAGCCCACGAAAGCCGACCGGGUAGGGAAGGUCAUCCAAGAGUACGCUAGGAAUCCGCUGGGACGCACGGAUGCCGGCAAAUGUCUACCAAAACUUGGUGCGUGA